AACCUGGUGACGCUCUUCGAAUAUUAUCAUGCCGACUUAUAGUGGCCGGUCCCCUCAUUCCCCAAACCAUUCAUCAACUUCGAUGCAUUCCGCGGUUCGCAUCUUUAUAAUUUCACUUCUAAAUCGUCUGUAACUGAGGCUUGACGCUUCUUGACGUAUUUGAUCUACCAUCUGUUUGUUUCUUUGCUGCUGUGCGGCCUUAUUGUAAUUCAUAUUACUUUUUAUUACCCUACUCGAUUCAUCAAAGUCACGAUGCGCUUCUGUUCCGUGGUUGCUUGCGCCCUCUUGGUGCUUGGCCAGACAGGGCUUUGCGAUCGCCAAGAUAGCCAGCCGGGUUUAUUGUCGGGCAGUGCCGCCAGCCGCGCUCGUGCUCUCGUCAGGAAAGGUCUCGGAAGGCCCAGUUCCACAAAGAGGCAGAUCAGCUUCGCGGACGGAAGCAUCAACAUCGGCGAUGCGAAUGGGCUGAAGCUCGGCAGCAAGGGCAAGGGUCAGGCCGCCGAAGCGGGGGACAACGUUGCUGGCAACCGGACCGCGAAUAACAACGCUGGCUUGACGAUUGGAGGUGUUCAGCUCGGGGGCGGCAAGUCCGCUGGAGCAACCGGCAACAGCGCUCUCGACGCAUUCUUGGGUGCCGCCAGCGGAAACAAGAAGGCAGGAAACGGCACUGCAAAUGCCGCAGAGGGAGCAGCGGCUCCCGAAGAACAGACUGGAGAAGGUCAGAAAGUUAAUGCCGGAGAGGAGGGAGAGAAUCAAGCUGGGGAGGCUGCUGCUAAAGAGGGGCAACCUAAAGCCGUGGAAGAGUCGGAACAAUUUAAGGACGACGCCGGAAUCACUAUUGGUGCUGACGGCCAAGUUCAAAAUCUUGGCGGCAAUCUGGGCAUCACGAAGGGCAGCGAUGGCAGCACUUCUGUCGGCGGCAAGUCUGGUAUCAACAUAAGCGCUCGGGAGGAUGAAGGAUCCGAUCAGAGUAGUGAAGACGGGCAACAAUAAGCCAAGCCAACUUCAGCUGAGACAAUUUGAGAUGCCAAACCCUCUAUUUGCAGUCGCCUCUGGGUAUAGUCGAGACACUCAUCACCUCAUCUCGAAGGCGAGGAACCGUGUCAAAAAACGUUGCUUUCAUUGCAACUCUGGAUGGAGACGUACGUUUCUGUGCAGGCAUAUCAA